AUGACAUUGUCGGCCUACAUGGAGUUGGAAGGUUGUGCUCAGCCGGCCGUCAUUACGAAGGACAUUUGUGUGCUAAUUUACGCCAGAGACUCAAAAAUUUCGGCUGCGAGCAGGUGA